AUGGGCCCUGUCCCCAAUGCAAAGGAUGAAGUCCACUGCAAGAAGGUCUGCCAUGCCGACAAGAACUGCAAAGCAGCACAAAUGGCCAAUGGGGUCUGCUACAUCGGCAAGGGCGUGACGAACUGUCGGGGCGACAAAGUGGCCAUGUCCGUCCGGAAGAAGCUGCCCCGACCCGACUCGAAGGCCGACGCGCAGUGUGGGGCAGCGACGGAGCUGCAGGGUGCCGCCGAGAGGGCUCGCCUGCAAUGCAACGGGGACCAGGACUGCGAGGCCCAAGUCCUGAGCAGCAACCCGACCCUCGCCCCGGCGGGCUCGGAUGCCGCCAAAAAGGCUCUGACAAUGGCAGAGAGCUCCUUCGUGAAGUUCACAUGCGAGCUUCGCGCAAUGGAGCUGUUCUGCCCAAACAUUGCGGAAAACGAGAACAUUGAGGGCCUGGACGAGUGCAUUGCCAAAGAAGGCGAGCCGGCGGACGCGUACUGUGCCAAGGUCUCAGCUGACCAGUGGCUUUGCGAGAUGCAGCUGAUGGCCUUUGGCCACGGAGGGGGUCUCGCAGAACUGCAGGGGCUCUUCGAGUCCAAGCAGCAAGAGAUUCUCGCAGAGUUGCAGCAGAGAAACCUUGACGAACUCAAAGCGACGGCAUCAUCUCUAAAGGACGGCUUCGAAGAUAUGCAGAAAGCGAUCGACGAACGGGAGAAAGCAGCCGCCGCUCGAUCGGGGCAGCAGGUGGAUGCGGUCAAAAAGGCCGCAGCUGCAGACACCGCAGCUAUCAAGGGCAAGAUGGAUGAGCUCAUGAAGAAGCAGAACGCCAAUCUGGCUUACAUGAUGCAGUCGCAGCAAUGCAAUGCAGAGCUGCAGACGAUGAAGAUGCAAGCCAACGUGCAGGAAGCCCUCGACAAGGCACAGGAGGCCAUCUUGAGUGGGACAGGCGAGAUGAUUGAUGAGACCUUCAACGAACUCGAAGCGAAAUUGGAGAAAGACCGAUGGGAAUUGCAGUAUAGCAUCCUCAAUGGGACCCAUGCGCAGAUCACUGCGGCCACCGAGAAGGUGGGGCAGCGGAUCGCUCAGGAGAUGACGGCCCACUUCGAUCAGAUGAGCCAGCACAUGGACUACCUCGAAGGCCAACUGAACGAGACCAUCCAGAAUCUGGACGUUGUGGACCGACGCAUCCAGAGCCUGGCGGACCAGAGCCAAAGGCAGUUCGAAGAGCUCCGCGUCGGACAGCAGAGGCAGAUGACCGCCCUCCUUGCCAUCAUGCGGAAGCUUGAUGUCCUGGAGAAGAAGGUGGAUGCCAUACCCCGCAAGAUUUCUGAGGCGGAGUUCCGCUCUGCUGUCUUCGAGUUCGAGAAGUUAACCCUGGCAAUCACCCGGGCAGUUGCGGACUUCGGCGUUGUGUCGAGGAAGCAGCACGGCGUGCUCCAAAUGCUCCAGGCCGUCCAGAAACAGUAUCGGCUCUGCUCUGCGGACCAAGACGAGCUGUUCGAUGCCCGCAAGGCGGCUAAUGCGUCAGAGGUCGAGGUCAAAGAAGCGUUGCAGGUUGCCUUGAAAGAGACCACGGCUCGAUUCAGUGAGCUUGCAUACCUGGCAGCAGAUGGCCAUUUCUCGAAGCUGCACUUCACGAACGUUGCUGCAGAACUUGCUGAUGAGCUUCAGAGCGACAAGGAAGCGCUUCGAGGCCUUCUCCAAAGCGGUGCGCUUGUGGACUUCUUCGCAGAGGACGAAAAGGUCAUCUAUAAGAACCACGCGAAGGCUUGUUCGGCGGCAUGCCAUCCCGAAGCGGCAAAGGCAGACAGCAACAGCUGCCAAUGCGAGGAUGGCAGGUUCCCAUUGCGGAGGACCUUUGGCAAGUAUCUCUUCACACCCGAAGCGGCCAGAUUCUUCCAGCUGAAGAUAAAGCAAGCGAUGGACCAGGUCCCAUGGCAUUAUACGCAGAGCCUCUACACCUCCUAUGCGCAGAUCCAGACGCUCCUGGAUAAGAUGGCAUCGUGGAGGAUGGCUCCGGAUGAGUACACUGCCAGGAAGUUCCAGGAGGAUUGGUCCAAGAUCAUCUACGACAUGGAGUCAACCCGUAGCUUCUACGACAAGCUGCAGACAGAGGAGCAAAGCAUCGUAGGCUCGGUGGAGGUGACGAUGGAGGUGCUUGAUGAGGUGGUUCCCUUCUUCGCCCCCGCGCCCAAGGAGUGCGAGAAGCCAGCCUUGCUGGAUCUCGCCGAGACCGAGCUCUCUCGCUUGGUGAAUUGGGGCCCAGUGCCUCUGGUGCCGACCACCACGACCACCACCACCGUGCUCGUGAAUGGAAACACGGCGUCCAAGCCCAACACCUUCGUGGGCCCACCAAAUGCAUGGGUCAUCCUGAAACGGCCAUCCAAGUUGCUUCAGACCUUCACGCUCAGCUGGUAUCAUGACCUCAAUGAAAAGACGUGCAGCGAGAUUGGGCAUGAGUAUGAGGAGCUCCGAGAAGUCAUGCUUGGCGGCUUCAUUUGCUGGACGGGCCACGACGGAGAAACACGCGUCCGCAACCUCUGCGACCCCCGUGGCCUCAGCGACAUCGUGGACACCACUCCGCUGAGAUGGGUCUCCGAGUCCAACUAUGCAGACAAGAAGCUCCCGCUGGUCACCCCCAUCAAUACAGCCGUGGCCCGUACUGAGGGCCUGAAGACCAAGACCCUUGCCUUCUGGAAACAGGCAGCCACUGAGCGCUCGUCUGCCAAGUGCGGAGAUGGCAUCGUGGAUUUCGUUGAGGAGUGUGACUCCGUUGGACCUGGCUGC